CAGAUAUUCAUGGUCCAGUUGUACUGUGAUUCCAGUUGUUUUCACAGUCCCGUCAGCAACAAAGAGAGCCGAGGCAGGUUGGUUUUUCUCCUGAUAUUACGCUUGAUGUAUCUGGUUACAAUUUGACUCCUAAUUCACAUCGUGGCGAUUGAGAAGCGCAUCUUUACGAGAAGGAAUAACCCGCACUUUUACUCUCAUAAAGACAUCAGGACAAUUUGAAGACCAUAUAGGACAAGACACAUCGAAAAAGAGAGAAAAUGGCUUCUGCUGGGCUGGAGAUUAUGGGGCUCGCGCUGUGCGUAAUUGGUUCGCUCCUGGUUAUGGUGGCAUGCGGGCUGCCCAUGUGGAGGGUGACGGCGUUCAUCGAAGCCAACAUCGUGGUGGCGCAGACCAUCUGGGACGGCCUGUGGAUGUCGUGCGUGGUGCAGAGCACGGGCCAGAUGCAGUGCAAGCUGCACGACUCAGUGCUUUCUCUCAGCAACGACCUGCAAGCGGCCCGCGCCCUCACCAUCAUCUCCGCCGUGAUGGGCGUUCUGGGCUUAAUGGUUGUGAUUGCAGGUGCACAAUGCACCAACUGCCUCCGCACCGAGUACGUCAAGGCUCGGGUCGUCAACGUCGGAGGAGUGAUCUUCAUCAUCAGUGCACUGUUCGUGCUCGUCCCCCUUUGCUGGAUGGCAAACAACAUCAUCUCGGACUUCUACAACCCACAGGUGCCCCCGUCCAAGAAGAGGGAAAUAGGGGCCGCGCUCUACAUCGGCUGGGCGGCAACGGCACUGCUUCUGAUCGGGGGCGCGCUCCUCUGUUGCUCUUGUCCCUCAAGCGGGAGUACUGGAUAUGCGGCCAAAUACUCUCCGACCAAGAGGGCUACAUCAAACGGGGAAUACGACAAGCGAAAUUACGUGUAGCCUAUAGACUUUAUUCACAGGGGAUGAACAGGGUUCGCGUUAAUUGUGCCCUGUAACAUUCGAUGAACAUUUUUGAACGUAUUUUUGCACCUACUGUUUUUAAUAUUCAGAAAUUCAGAACGAAAAUCAGUGAAAGCAACUCUGCCAUUUUAAAACUGGCCUGCAGCGGACCAGAAGUUGGACAGACGUUCGGACCAGAAUUUCGUGCAUAUUCCUUUGUUAAUACUCUCCAGAUAAAAACUGCUGAAAUCUUCAAGACCAUAAACUCCAAUGGGAAGCUCAUGACAAAACGAGUAGGCCUUUCUUUGUUAGGUACCCUUUUUUUUCAAAUCGUUAUUCUUUGCUCAAAAUAUAAUUAAUUCCUAGUGUUUCAAAUAGUUUGCCAGGACUGUCCCAUAUCUCUUUCGAUCUAGUAUUUUGUCUUCAUGUGAAAUCUCAGCACAUAAUUGUACAUAAGCCACACCGAUUGCACUCCUAAACACGCAUAGACACCUGCUGGUAUAUGUGGAGUGAAUAUAAGAAAACUCAGCUUUUGUGUUCUAUGUCCAUUUAUGGCUGCGAUCCAACUAUUCUUUUUCGGGCUGUAAGCUAGCAGUUUUACAUAUUGCGAGCUUAUUUUUUCUUAAAAAUACAUUUUAAAAUUGGGCCGAGUUGAGCCCCUGUAUUUUGAAUAUCACUGUGCUGGAUGUAUUUCUUUUAUGGACUGUUUGAAUAAACUUCUAAUUUUGA